AUGUGGAUGAUGAGGAGAGAGAAAAGAAAACGGCGUACCGGAAGCCAGCGCCUCUGUUUGGCCUUUUAUUUGGCUCCUCGGGCGUCCUCGGCGCCCAAUCGCGUCGCUCCCUUUUGCCCGCUCGGCAACCUCGGCGCAGCGGAAAAUCGUUGGCUCAAAUCACGCUCAUCCGCACAGCGGCCGUCCCUCCGAACAACACACAGCUCACAAAAUAGCACCGCGGGGAAUCCCCUCUUCUCAGCGUUCCACCCCGCAUUAUUUCACGCUCCACAAUACACAUCGUCGCUCACCCAUCGCCGACGACACCAGACACCCCAGCUCCCCAUUGGUGCCGCUGAGACGCCGUCGGACACCCUCGCCGACACCGUGCCGGUAAGCAGUGACUCGACAGCGCAGAAGGACCUGCAGGCGCCCGCCCUGUGGAUGCGCACUUUGCCCGCAUCAUCCUCUGCCCAAUAG